AUGGUCUCAAAUGAAAAAGACAAAUCACAGAUACAGCAAGAAGACAAAAAGUCGUCAUCAGAAUCAAAUGCACAAUUUAAAACCACUUACCUUGCAGUCAGAGGUAUUCUUGAAUUCAUCAGUGUGGCAGUGGGACUGGUCAGUAUUAGAGGCGUGGACAGUGGCCUAUACCUUGGAAUGAACGAGAAAGGAGAACUCUAUGGCUCUGAGAAACUAACUUCUGAAUGCAUCUUCAGGGAACAGUUUGAGGAAAACUGGUACAACACUUACUCGUCCAACGUGUACAAGCAUGGGGAUUCAGGGCGACGAUACUUCGUAGCACUUAACAAAGACGGCACUCCCAGAGAUGGGGCGAGGUCCAAAAGACACCAGAAAUUCACACAUUUCUUGCCCCGGCCCGUGGAUCCUGAAAGAGUUCCAGAACUGUACAAAGAUGUAUUAGGAUACAGCUGA